GAGGAAGUGACAAAGUCCUGUCGGGACAAGCAGGGUCACUGGACUAACCCCUGGCCAACGUGGCGGUUUCCAUCCUACUCCAUGAUGCUCAGGUUCCUGCUGGUGGAGAAAAACCACAGCAACGUACCGACAAGUGAAGAGGCCCUGGACAGCGAGCUCCCUGUGAUGGAGCCAUUCUUCGUUCGAAGCCCAGACCAGUCAGACUCUCAUCCAGGUUUGCGAGUCACUUGGCUCGGCCACGCCUCCGUUCUGGUUGAGAUGGAGGGCAUGAAUAUUCUCACAGACCCCAUUUUUAGUCAGAGAGCCAGUCCAGUUCAGUUCAUGGGGCCCAAAAGGUACAGAGGACCCCCCUGCACAGUGGAACAGCUGCCGAGGAUCGAUGCCGUCCUCAUCAGCCACUCUCAUUACGAUCAUCUGGACAGUGGAUCUGUUGCCAGCCUCAACGCACGCUUUGGGGGGGAGUUACGCUGGUUCGUGCCCCUGGGUUUGAUGGACUGGCUGGUGAAGAUGGGCUGCGAGAACGUGAUGGAGCUGGACUGGUGGGAGGAGAACUGUGUCCCGGGUCAUGACAACGUCACAUUUGUCUGCUCGCCCGCUCAGCACUGGAGCAAACGCACAGCGUGGGACGAUAACAAGUCUUUAUGGAGCAGCUGGUCUGUUCUGGGUCCGAGCUUUAGAUUCUUCUUUGCUGGUGAUACUGGCUACUGCCCCUCCUUCCAGGAGAUAGGACGUCGUUUUGGACCUUUUGACCUCGCAGCGAUUCCAAUCGGAGCGUACCAUCCCAGGUACAUGAUGAGAGGACAGCACGUGGAUCCAGAGGAGGCCGUUCAGAUUCAUCAGGACCUUCAGGCCAAACAGUCUGUAGCCAUACACUGGGGGACCUUCGCCCUCGCCUAUGAGAACUACCUGGAGCCACCGGUUCGCCUCAGAGAAGCUCUGGAGCAGAAAGGACUGAAGGCAGAAAGCUUCUUCACGCUGCACCACGGGGAGUCUCGGCUCAUCGCUGCACCUGAGGCAGACGUGUUUGACUGAUGUCACAGUCUGAAACAAACUCACUCUGGGUUUGUCUAAAAAUAAAAAGCACUCAUGUAAAGAUUUAAAGUUUCUAAUGCAUUCUGUAC